GAGUCCACCACGGCCUCCGCCGUAGUGGACGUGGCUCGGAAUUUGCGCGACGUGCAGGAUCAAAUCGACCAGGCCUGUCGGACACACGCGAUCGAAUCGACCCGCAUUCGACUCGUGGCGGUCAGUAAAACCAAACCCAUAGAGUUACUGCAACAAGCCUACGAUGCCGGGUGUCGUGUCUUUGGGGAAAACUACGCGCAAGAGUUAGCCGACAAAGUACCCCUGCUGAACCAACACGACGGUAACAACGAUACCGUCUCGUGGCACUUUAUUGGUGGCUUGCAAAGCAACAAGUGCAACAUGCUGUUGAAGCCCUUUCUGGAGCAAGCACCCAACGGACCCACCGUGGCGAAUCUGACCAUUGAAACGGUCGCCACGGUCAAACUCGCCAACAAACUCAACCACGCCGUGCCGGAACCGCAAACGCUCAAAAUAUUCGUACAAGUCAACACGUCCGGAGAAGACAGUAAAUCCGGGAUUGAGCCCGCCGAAUGCGUUGCUCUGUGCCGGCACGUUGCGCAGGAAUGCCCCCGUCUGCAGUUGCAAGGUCUCAUGACGAUUGGAGCCGUCGGGGACUUAUCGUGCUUUGAUGUACUCGUCGACUUGCGUCGAAAGGUAGCCAUCGCGUUGGAACGGGACACGGACGAUCUGGAGUUGAGUAUGGGCAUGUCCGGGGAUUUCGUUCAAGCCAUUGCGGCGGGCGCCACCAACGUACGAGUCGGAUCCACCAUCUUUGGAGCCCGGAACUAC